UUUUCAUUCCAUAAUAUGAUAAUUUGUAAGAUUUUGAUUAUUGGUAGUGGAUUCGUAAGUCACUAGUACCACGACCAAACUUAUUGGAGUUAAAUUAGUUGGAAUGAGCGGGAAGGCUAUUGGUAGGUCAUCAAUGAAGGAGAGGUCACCAGCACCAGAGUCACCAGGAAGAAGUGAAUGGCUAAAUUCUUCAGACAGUUAUUCACACUCCUCUACUGAGUAUGACUUUCGGCCAAGCUUCCUACUAGAUGAAAGCAAGGGAGAAGUGAGAAAGUUCACCCCACCACAAAAGAGGUGUAAAACCACCACGCCAUCCAAAAAGGUGGUAGGAAAAAGCAAGCGAUCCUCCCUAGUGAUUGAGGAUAAAGGUGACAAUUCAAUUUUAGUUCUUGUCCCCUCUGAUUCUGAUGAUUCCCAAAUACAGAAUCAUUGUACUGGCAAUGGACAACCUCGGAACAACUCAUUCCAUGAACAUCGAAGCCCAAGACGAGGCGUACCCCCACCAAAGAAGGUUAAUUUAUCGGGCCUCGGGAUCAAUUCAAAAACUUCAAAAGGUUCCCCCAAAGAUCUUACUCGAUCUCAACAUCUGAAUCCACACCCUAUACUAGACAUUACUCCCACUAUGUUCCAAAACUAUAUGAUCUCUAAAGUGGAGGACAUUCACAAUCUGAUGGUUGACUUUAUGGAGAAAUACAAUCCCAACUGUGCUAACAGGAAAGAAGAAGAUGAUGACAUUCCUAAAAAGUCUAGUACUUGAAAGGGGAAGUGUCCUCUAUGUCGUUCAGCAAUGGAAAAGGAAGGAACUUUAAACUAUGUUUUAAGAAUGGAAUGAUUUACUUCAAGCUAGUAUUGAAUAAAAAAAAUGUUUGAAUUCCCCGAUUAAUUCCACAAUCAAAGUGUAAGAAGG